GGAUGCCAUGAUCUUAGUUUUCAUCUGCUUAUCUGAGAUUGCUGAUAUUUCUCCCAGCAAUCUUAAUUCCAGCUUGUGAUUCAUCUAGCCCUGCCUUUCCCAUGAUGUGCUCACACUCACUAGGGGCCCACAUAUUCCUUCUUUGGAAUUGUCACUUCUCUUCACCAUUAUAAUCUGCUGUUUCACCUGCUUCUCAGUCUAGUCCAGGCAAUGGAGGAGUGAGGAGGAGGAGCAGUAGAUGCUACUGCCUUCUUCUUCUCUGCUUGUCAAGCAAAGCAAUGAUAGCAACAGUGAGAAAGAGGAUGGAAGCAAGACUGGCUGGUGACCAUGGUGGUGCGAAGGUAGCCUCUCUGAAGGAAGGAGGCCCAGGGAAGGCCUCUACUUUCUAAUAUGUGAAUUUGCAUGCAAUAUUGCUGAACACCCACAGAGCUACAGUGUUUGGAUUAAUUCUUCAAUGGUAUAAAAAGAAAAAGAGAAAAAUAUGUGGAAUGGUAAUUUUGAGAGGAUGAGAACUACAAGAAAAUAGUGAUGAAAUCCAAAGUAGCUGCUGGAGGUUGCCCAAGAGCAGAUCAAAUAGCUUGUGAUGCUGAUUCUGCAAGCUUCUCAAGAAUGCCUGUCAAGACAAAACUGUGAACAGAUCUGAGCUUUCUAGAACACUUUGGGUCAAACACGGAUAUCUGAGAAAGAAAGCUGUAAUGGAGAGAUGCUUUUGUUCCUGAAGGCAAAUAGUUCCCAUGUCUUUGACAUAGGGGUGGGGUGGGGAAUGCUAGAUAUUCCAAAUGAUCAUAUCUCAUAAAGGCUCAGAUAGCAAUUGCUAUGGACAUCUAUCUGCUGGUGAAAUUCCAGAGUCAAGACUGAGCCACUUUCAGAAGUUAAUUAAGAGUUUUGAGGGCAGGAGGUUAACACACAAGAACCAUUUUUAACAUGGUCUGAUUUUUGUUGGCAAAAGUUCUGAUGUAAGGGUACAAUCCUAUGGGUUAUGCCUUUGAUGUUCAUAAGUCCCCAGACAUGGAGAUUUGUGUUCAUCCUAUGCAGAGCGAGAGAAGCACUUGAAACAAUCUUCAUCUCCCCAUCUCCCUGUCCUGUGUUUUGCUGGAUUGGCUCUUCUGGUGAAAAAAGUCACAUAUGACCAGGACUGUGUCAAUAUGCUUUGCUGUCUGAAGAAAGUUUGUCCCUGCCCCAUUCCACCAAUAUUUUGGCCAUCUAGUGAAAGUGUUUCAGAGAAGGAGGGAAGAAGGCUGGAGAAACCUCAGGAGAAAUCCUGUCCUGGCAUCUUCAGUCUCUUCCGCAUCCUGCUUCAUGAAACAUCUCUUUUUAUCCCCUUGUAAGGCUGUGUUUCUUAUCUCAGAGAGGCAGCCAAGAUAGUGCUUUUCCAUGCUUGCUCUGAGAGACCAGGGAACGGGGAUGGGGAAAGGAGCGCCAUUUCUUAGCUUCAGAAUUGAGGUAGAAAAUCUAAAAUACCUUAUGAACCCUCAGUUGCUGUCUAGAGGCCACGAUGGGGUUGCUUUCUCCCUGACUGGAGGUGUAGUAUGUGAUAUACCUGAUUGAGCUUGGGUUUGGCUGCAUAUUUCAGCCAAAUAUUCCCUCACCUUGGCCCUGAGCUAUAGACUUGGCUGCUUAGAAAGUUAUCUAAACAAUGAGAAAACUUUUGCCAGGCUGUAUCUCAGUAUCAGGAGCAAUAUUUGAGGCAAAUGGGGUGGAUGCCUCUCUCCAGGCCACUUGUAGGGAUGGCUCUGCCAUUAGGCAGAAUGGGAAGCUUAGCUAAGGUAGUAGAUGAUGGUGGUUUGGAAAAGUGGCAGCAUCCCUUUGAUUGUUCCAUAUUCCAUGAUGCUGUCCCAUCACAAGUGUUGAAAUGGGAUUCAUCUGCCAGUCUGGUCAGUUUCAGUAGGCAGCAUGGGGCAGGGAUGAUCUUGUCUUUCGCCUCCAGCAACAAAAUGUAUUGGAUCAACCCUGGACCAUAUGUGAUUAUUCACAUGGUUACAAGAUAUUAAAAAGCUGUUAAAAUAGAAGUUUCUUCUUCUGCCCCUGGAAAGCUAUUUUUCUAGCUAGUCUAGCUGUUUUAUGGGGUCUUAGGAAAAGUGCUAUAUGAGCAUCAUGUUUGCAUUUAUUUAAAUCCAUUUAUUUUUAAAUACAGAGAAAUAACACCAAAGAAUGUGUCCAACCCACUCCCAUUUCCCUAAAAUUACUUAUUCUCAGUAGUAACCCUAUUUGUUUGUCAGCAACUACCAUCAGCUCUACAACACAAAGAGUAUCAUCUUAGAGCGAAAAGAAAGCUGGGCUUCACUUCCUUUAUUUAUGCAAUGAAGACCUGCAAGAAAGCAGGGAAGAUCAUGUUGCACAGAGAAGAAAAUGUACUUAUUUCCAGUACAUUUUAAUAGGCUGUGGAGCACACAGUGACUUAAAAGAAAGAAAGAAAAAGCACAUAAGUUCUGGCACAUAAAUCACACCAUUCUCUUCCUGUGGAAGAGGAAAUAAAAUCUCUUUCAUGGACAGCUGAAACCUUUCACAUUCUGAGCUUUUCAUGGCAAGAGCAGGAGCAGUCAACAACAAGGAUGUUAACAUGUCUGGAAUCUUUCCCAUUUACACCUUCACCUCCCAUCCCAUGAAAUGCAGCCAAGAACAGCAUCUUCUCAGGUAACAUGAGAACUCGACUCAAGGUCUUGAAUGGAAUUCUCACUAGAUCGGGUGUACCUCUUGGCUAGGCCUUGGGGUCAAGUACUGCAAGCUGUAAUAAUAAAGCCUGGUUAAGUACGGUUACCCUGACCUGUGGCUGUUGUCAUCAUAAAUUUCGGAAUGGGCUAAAAAUACUGAAAGGAUGAUGUGUGGCUUUCUUGGUUGGUUUUCAUGCAAGUAAAUUGACUGGAACAUAACUUAACAAACAUAACUUAACAAAUCCCGAUGCAACAGCGAUGUUCUUGUACGGGGUUCUGCUGUGUAUGUGGAACUCUCUGACAAUGUUGUGUUCAAAUUCAACUGUGUUGUUAGGGUCUCGAGCCAGACACAUCAUGGUCUGCGUCUGGGACGGGCUAGUAACAUACCACAGACUGCGUACAUUCAGGCCUCAAUGGGCUCAGCAAGUGUAGCAUCAGCCCUAGUGAUUUCAGGUAGCAUAAAGCCCCUUGUAGAAAUGUCAUAGAUGUUAGAGAAAAAUAGAUAGUAAUCUUAGAAUACUUCUCAACUCUGGCAUAAUGCAUCAUUUCACUUAGUUUGAAAUGUAUUUUGUAAAAUACUUGCUGUCUAAACAGCUUGCCUAAUGGUCAUUGUGUGGACAGGGAAAAUUUUUGUUCAGGAUCUUAUAAAAUAUCAGGAUAAAGAAUGAAAAAUGAGUUACAUUCACUCUCAUGUUAAGCUUGAAUCAAUUCAACUGACUUUUCUUCUCUGCCAUUUCACCCUGUUCUCUCUAGCUAGCUUUUUUCCUCUUAACUCAGCCUUUGCUAACAAUGCCCAGUGUUUGUGAACAUCAUUAGAACUUUGUUCACCUGUUGCAUUCCUGACUCAGGAAGAUAAAAGAAACACUUGAAACAUGCUUAGCAGAAGGAACUGGUUAAACUAGUCUCGCUAAUAUUGUAUAAAUAUUAUGCUAAGAUGAACAGGCAGUGGAAUUUUUGGGACCUUCAAAACAGUUAUUUUGGGGAUCAGAGAAGAGUUCUCAGAUAUGACCUUGGUCAAGCAUUUUGUUUGAACCUUAGUGCUUGGAAUAAAUUGCUAAGUUGUAGAUGAUAAACACUUUUUAAAAAAUGGCUUGAGAACAUAAGCCAUACUGGAUCAGACUGAAGGUCCAUCUAGUCCAGGGCUCCAUGCACAUGGUGGCAAACCAACUGCCCACAAGAUUCCUCAAGCAGGAUGGCUGCAAGACCUCCUUCUGCCCAAGUUCCUCAGUAACUGGCAUAUGCAGGCAUGCCACCUCUAGUAGUGGACGUAGGACUCGGCCAGCAAAGCUAGUAACCACUGGUAGCCUCCUCCAUGAAUCUGCCUGAUUGCUUUUUAAAGACAUCCAAAUUUGUGGCCCAUGGCAGUGAAUUCCACAGUUUAACAAUAAUUUGUAUGAAGAAUUUAUUCUUUUUAUCUGUCCUAAAUGUCCCAUCAAACAACUUAAGGGGAUGACCCUGAGUUUGAGCCUCUGGGAAAUGGAGAAAAAUGUCUCCAUCUGUACUUUCUUCACACCAUGCAUGAUUUUAAGCACCCCUAUCAUGUCUCCUCUUACUUGUCUUUUUUUAAGCUAAACAGUCCCAGUUGUAGCUGCUUCUCACAGGGGAGCUGCUCCAACCCCUUGAUCAUUUUGUUGCUCUUCUCUGUGCUUUUUCCAGCUCAAUAAUACCCCCUUUUUAGGUGAGAUAAACUAGGAUUGUAGUCAUAAGUGUAGCCAUAUCAAAGAUUUGUAUAAUGGGAGCAAGAUUUUGGCAGUUCUGCUUUCUAUUGCAUUCCUAAUUCUGCCUAGCAUAGACUUUGCCCAUGUCACAGCAGCUGUGCACUGGACUGCCAUACUCAUCGGCCCUGCCCACCAAGGGAUCUCACGAUCUCUUUUUUGCUCUGUCACUGCCAGCUCAGAUACCAUUAGCCUACACUGGAAGCAGGGAUUUUCUGCCCCAGUGUGCGUUACUUUAUCCUUCUUACACUGAACUAAUUUUCUUAUUGUAUUGGUCUCUGUAUUCAUUUUAUGCAAAGCAAUAAAUCAGAUUACAUUGGUUUGAAUUAGAAUCUUUCUUCUAAUUCAAAGACAAUUUUCAAAGAGAAUUGUCAAAACAAAUUCAAAAAAACCUUUUCUAAAUAACUAAUAAGAUUUAUAGUGAUGUAUAAGAAAGUAAAAUGAGUGAUGUGGUAGAAACUGCUAGAAUAAAUACCAAACUGCAGUAAGCAAAUCUUAACAUAUAAGGAAAAGUCCAUCCUCCUAGCUAACUGCAGAAUGUGUGGUCUCCCAAGCCAACAAAUACGUUUCUCAGGUUUGGUUUGCUCCUCAUGGUAUUUAAAAGUGCAGCUGGCCAGGAGCUGAUCAUGCUUGUAAAGAUACGACAGAUGACUAAUGCCAGCUUGACGGCAUUACCAGCCACUAAUUCAGGAUGGGGAUAUGCACAAUACCAUGUUUUUAUCUAAUUGCUCUAGCUCAUCCUGGGCAGCUACUUCUGUUCUUAAAAUAGCAAUCAUCUCACCAAGGGAAAGUGCUGUGCAUUAAAAUUUCCAAAAAUAGAUAUGAUUGUAGCAGGGUUGAUUUCUGGAAGUACGUGAGCUUUAGGCCAUUUUCUGGCUCAUGCAUUUAAAUUUUAGAAAGGCCUGUGGAAUGUAUGGACCACAAAAGUGGCUGGGGUUGCCCUAACAAUAUGCCAAGCAACAGCCAUUAACAUUGUGUCAUUACCUUAUUAAAAUGAAAAGACCAUUUGUAAUCUAAGCCAGGGAGAAAAACAGGUUUAAAUAUUCUGUUUACAGAAUCAUUCUGAAUCCAUUUACUUUGGGUGUUUAGUCUCUUGUUGUUGUUGUUGUUGUGUAUUUCAUCAUUAGUUUACAUGGAACUUUGAGGUUGGGGAAGAAAGCUAAAGGAAGAGAUGAGAACUCUUUUCUGACAGCCCUUGAGGGUUUUCCUGUUGCCUUGACAGAUGAUUCUGUCAACACACUCAUUGAUAUCUGGAAUGGAGAAAUGGCUUGAUGCUCCUGAGUAUCCUCUCCCAGGGAUUUCAGCCAAACGACUGUCCUUCUGUUGCAGGGUGUUGCAACAGGGCAGUGAUACAAGUAAGACUUCGUUAAGAGAAACAUUUGUGAAAACUGCUGAAUGGGUCCAAUCAAACACAGGCUAGAGCUCAUUUGAAAGCCGACUGUGUGGCAGUGGGGGUCACACAGAACUUUUACUUCGUUGCAUCUGCUCAGAGUCAUCCCACAGAGCUUUUCUGUUUGAUCUGAGGCCUACAGAGCAAUGGCUUACCUGAAAAAGAGGUGGCUCACACAAUAACCUUCUAGGACCACUUUGACAGAUGUUUUACAAAUAAAAUCAAUCAUAUUCAUUCAGAUUUGGUUGCCCUAGUUGACAUAUACAGGAUAGAUGUAACCUUGACUUCUGCUUUUCCCCUUAAAAUGGAUACUUUUCACAUUGUAGAGUGAAAGGAUGUGAACAAGAUGCUACCCUUGAGUGCUGGACCCUUGUUCCAUCUGGCAUAUAAAAACAGCUGGAGGGGACUGGCUGAGUGGAUAAGAGUGGCGAUAAAGCUUCUUCAUGGCAAGGUGUGAUUCUGACUUGCCUAAUGGAGAUUGAGCUAAGACCUUUGUUUUAAAAAGCCUCCUUGAAUAUCACUGUGUUGGAUAAUUCGCACUGAGUCCCCCAAUAUUCCUUUAAUGCACAAGAAGGUGCAACAUAUGGUGGCUUCUCAGCUCCAAGGAUUUCUGGAAAAGACAGUGUAGGUCCAUUUCAAUCUGGCUUCUAGCCUGGUUAUGAAGCAGCUUGCUUUGGUCACCUGGGUGACUUUUCUGUGGACAAGGUAUGUGCGUCCCUGUUAGUUUUGCGUUCAGUAGCUUUUGAUAGUGUUGACUGUGGUAUUCUAGUGAGGUGGCUAUUUGAAAUGUGACUGGAAGGCACUGUUCUAUAGUGGCUCUGGUCCUCCUUGGAAAGGGAGUCCCAGAAGUAGUGCUGGGAGAUUCCUGCUGAGUGCUCUGGCCUUUGCCUUGAGGAAUCCCUCGAGGUUUCAUCUUUUCAUGCUAUGUAUCAUACACUGGAAGACAUUGUGACGGUCUUGAAGUUUGGUCCCACAGAUAUGCUGAUGACACCUAACUCUUUCUCUCCUUUGUAUCUAAAUUCAAGAAAGCUGCUCUGAUUCUACAUUGGUGCUUAUGUCAGUGAUGGACUGGUUGAGGGAAAACAAAUGGAAACUUAAUCCAGAAAAGACAGAGUUUCAUGGGGUCAGUUGAAAGGCAGGUUCGACUUGUGUGGAAUUCUCUUUGAUGACUCAGGCUCACAGUUUAGGUUUUCACCUGGGCUCAGCACUAAGCCUGGAUGGCUAGAUCUCAGUGGUGGCCAGGAGUGUGUUUGCUCAGCUGAGGCUAGUGUGCCCACUCCAUGCAUUCCGAGAGACACCUGAUUUGGUUAAAGUCACACAUGCCUUGGUUACAUCCCCUUUGGACUUGCAAUGUGACAUCUGUGGGGCUGCCUUUGAAAACUGUCAGAACCUUCAGCUGAACCAGAAUGAUAUGAGCAAACUGUUGCCCAGGCUGGUUAUAUGAAACACAUGACUUCCUUGUUACAACGGAUUCAUUGACUACCAGUCUGUUUCCAGACAGAAUUCAAAGUACUGUUUAUGACUUUAAAAAACCCUAUAUGGCUUGAGACCAAGGUUCUGGUUCCUUCUGCAGAGAGUGCCUUCGCUCCUACAGAUCUGCCUAGUUCUUAAGAUCUUCUGGAGAGGCCCUUCUUUUGAGACUAUUGUUUUUAGAGGUACAUUUGGUGGCAACCUGGGAGAAGGCCUUUUUUUAGUGGUGGCUUCUGAGGUGAGGAGCAUCCUUCCAAGGGAGGAUAGGUUUGUUCUUUUCUGCUGUCCUCUUAAAAGGCAAAAAUUGCUUUACUCAAAAAAGACAUUGUAAGUGAGACUGUUGGAUUAGGUGCUGUUCUUAUUUUUUUCUCUAUAAUUCUUAUAUUUGUACUGUAUUUUAAUGUAUUGUUAUAUUUGAUUUUAAUUGUGCCUGUAAACCAUCUUGGGUAUCACUUUUUGGUAGAAAAGCGGGGUUCAAAUCAAAUAAAGAAGGGAGAGAAAAGCAAGUGAAUAUGUUCAUUUUAAUGCAGUUAUGUAUAUUUGGAAGGACUACAAGUUAAGCUGAACCCUUCAUGAAGCAGGUAACUGUAAAAUAAAAUAUCUCAAUUUUUCAGAUCUCUCCAAUAUGUUUCUCUCUAGAAAACAGUAUCCUUAAUGGGGCUUAAAAGAAAGAUAGAAGAACUCUGUAGGUGUGCUAGAAGGUAGUUCUAGGCAUAAUGGGCUGAGAACUAGAAGAAGGAAGAAAAUGUGAAGCAACUGAGGGUAGUCCUGGUUCAACAGAUAUUAUAGGUAGGGGUGCAACAGAAAACCAGUGUCAGAAAAUAGUUGGAGGCAAAGCUAUGGGGAGCUUUAAAGGCAAUGACAAGCCGUCAAUGGAAGGCAUGCUCACUCUAUUUAUUUAUUUAAAACAUUUCUAUGCUGCCCCAGUCGCAAAAAGCCUCGGGGUGGUUUACAAAUCAAAUUUGGACUAUUUAAGGAUAGGUGACAUAUGUCCUGAGCAAUGAGAGAGUGACAUCUCGGAUAUACAGUUAUUGUACAUGCUUAUAAGGCUGCUCCUCCCAGGCAGUGUCAUCCAUACAUAAAGUUAGGCAUUCGUAGGCCUGCACAAUCAAAGUACAAAUGUGCCAGAAUCAUAAAGUAGGGAAUACCUUCUGUUGGUAGGACAGCGCUGUCGCCGUGUUUCUGUAAACCCAUGUGACUGUAACGGCAUUAGCUCUUGCUAGGCAAAGGGAAACAGCAGUCAUUUGCCCCCACAGUUUCAUGGCGAACCACACCACUGAAAUUUGGUGGCAGACUGCCUUUCCUCCCUUCACCUAGUGCAGCAUCAUUUGCUGUAGGACUGUGACCGCACUACAUACUUCCCCAGAUAUUUUUAAAGAAAGAAUAGGCAGUGGCCUUGACAGCUCAGGUGGAAUGUGUAUUGUGUAUCCAAGUAGAAAGAAUGAGAAGGCACUCUCCAAUAAUCUGUUCGACACCUUGCGACUGCUUGUGUUGGCUUCCUUUUACCCAAGCAAUACCCUCUCUUGGUUUUACUGAAUUCUAAAGUGUUGAUUUUAGAGCUCGAUCAGAUCACAGCAAUAAAGAUAAACAACCAUACAAAAUCUAAUAAUUAGAAGGCGAAAAAUAAGGCCAUGUUCCCAAGUUUGGAAAACAAGAAAAAUGUAAAUCAUUUUACUGGAAGGCAGAGGUUUUGUAUGGGUCUUUCAUACAAAGGGACUCAUGUAUUGGGAUUAUUUAUGUGUUGGAAGAAAUACUUUUGCAGUAAAUGCAGGGUAAAAAUGGGCUUUCAACCUAUAAAUAUUUUUCUGUAUUUCAGAAUUCAGUGGUAACUUGUUUGUUUGAUAUGCUAAGAGUUUCUUGAUGUUACAAGGCUGGAACCCAUUUACUUCCAGCAGCUAUUCUGCAGAUAUUAAUUUGUCAUUUCUUUUUUGAGAUGGUGUGUUCUUUUCCAAAGUCCAUGUAUGUUUUUGUGCAAGCUAUUUUGUGACUUUUGUGCUUGCCUACAACAAACCAUUUCAAAGCAGAGAUAUUUAUCAACAUAUGGUAAAGCAAUUUUGCCUCCAAAAUAAUUCUGUCGCUAAAUAUGACAGGUGUCUCUUGGAAGGGAAAAAUAUUUUAUCAGUUUUUAUUUUCCAUUUAUUUGCCACCAUUAACUGUUAUCUUCAGUUACUGAGCUCCAGAACAAUGCAGGCUCAACUUCCUAUUUUAUUUGGAAUAUAAAUGCCUGCACAGACAUUUAUACUAUAGAGACCUGUAUGCAGCUUGCAACAGUCAGGAUCAUGCUUUGGACUCCACUGCCUUACUAUGGUUAUGUUCAAAUAUGACUUUAAUUUAUAAUUUCUAUAUUGUGAUGCUUGUUCCCCACAUUUCUGCUCUGGCAAGGCAACUUACAUAAUCCUUCUCUUUGCUGAAGUAUGUUUGAGGAGCAGGCACUAUUAAUUCUUGGUGUGCUUUUAACAAAAUUGCUUUUUUCUUUUUAUUAUAAUUUUGUAUUAUAUAUUUUAGUGUUGCUGAUCACUUUGCAUGCCAUUUGAUGUGAAAAGGUACGAGAUCACUUUAAUAUUCCAGUUUGCAAUGUUAUUUAAAGUGUUGAACUGAAGAUGUAGCGGAUCCAGGUUUUAGUCCUCCCUCAGCUGUGAACCUCAAUGGGCAACUUCGAGCCAGUCACUCUCUCCUAGCUUAACCUGACUAUACCUGUUGUGAGGUUACAGUCGAGAGCAACACUAUGUAAACUGCCAUGAGUUCCUCACAAGAGGCAAAAAUCUAGGAUAUAAAUGCAGUGCAAAUGAUAAAUAAACAAAUUGUAUUACAUCACAAAAUAUUUACUAUAAAUAAAUGAAUUGUUAUCUUAAAAGUGCAAAUUACAAAUUGUGUAUCCUUACUUUGUUUAAUUGUAAGGCUGUCCCGAGACUAUUUGGCAGUGGAUUGUAUACAAAAGUUAUAAAUAAAUAUCAGUUGCAUCCAUUGUUAUACUGUCGGACCAUGUACAAGAUGUAGCUUGUGAAACAGCUAAAGCAAUUACUCGUGGAAUAGGUUAUAGAAUGAUUCCCACAAGAUAUGUGGAAGAAAAAUCAGAUCAUUAUGCAAGGCUGAAAGCAGGGUUUCUGCAUCCAGCAAUGAAGCAAUUCUGUUGAACAGAUCCUACAAAGACUAGCAUAGACUGUAGAAAAGGGACUUCAACUGCAAGGUGGCUGCCUAUGAGAAGGCACAGCCAGUUGAGGGGAACUACAAUGGCACUUCCCUGCGCAUAUAUCUAAAGGAGGGCUGAAGAACCCUUUUUGGCCCAAGUGUUGCUUCAGUGGCAAAGUGACACACAAAGUUGUUGCAUAGGGGUGGAGAGUGCACCAGAGGGAAGGCCAUGAUCCACCCCCCCCAAAAAAAAAUCUGUGAGCCAGAGAAUCGCCACACAUGGUCUACACAGAUCAAACAUCUGCACAGAGAUCAAGGCUGUGUCUGAUUUGCAUUCUCAGGAUUAAGGAAAGAAAGCUAGGACAGGACGCACGGUUCCAGGGUUGGUGCUCCCAUGCCCUGUGUCCCAAAGUGGACCACCCCAGUUCUUGGAGACUCCUGGUCCUUGUGCUGUUCCUCUUUGCUGCUCAGUCUGUUCAUUUCAUCUGCCCUCUCUGAGCAAGAGAAAAGUGGCAGGAGCAAAAGUAAUGGUGACCCUCAGAAGGAGUGGUAACCCGUCCUUUCCCCCUCAGGUGGUACACACUGAGUGCAGGCACAGAGGCGAGCGAAAGGGCUGUAGCGGCAACGGUGAAGAGGUGGGUGCCUAGGCUCAGGAAGAGGGCCCACUGGAAGCAUCUUGACCAGAGGCCUCCUAAAACCUGGAGCGAGCCCUUGCUGUUUGAUAGAUAGGUUUAUAUUUAUGCACAAUUGUUUAAAAAUAACUCUUGGAGACACAGUAGCCGAUGCCAUGUUUUCACAGGCAUUUGCUGCCGCCUCUGAUAUUAGUAGCACUGACAAAGUCACUUUGAGAGGAAUGAACCUAAACAGAUAUUCUGUUACAUUUGCCAUCUAAGGUUUGUGGUUGUCAAAGUUCUGCUGAGAUGAAACGCUAGAGGAAUUCUUUGCUUGAUUCAGACUCCACCUGUUCGAUGAAAUGUCAUGACUCAGACAUCACCUCUUGUCGCUCUGUGCUUCAGUGCCUGUAUUGCCCGCAGCCCAGUGGUGACGAAUCUCAGCACCGGCGGCCAAAUCCAGCCCACCCGAGGUCUCCGUCUGCCCCCCAGUGUUCCCUUGAUGGCCAUGUCCUGGGUCUCCCGACUGCCAAUAAUGUGGUGGUUUCCCAGCUUUUGAGAGAUUCCUCUCCCACUCCCAAUCUACAAGGUUGAAAUGUUUCCUCUCAGGCUUAGUUACUGGCAGCAAGAACUUUAAGCUUUAAUACAUUGGCAUUUUUGCCCCCGGCUGCCUCUGUUGUCAGCCCCAAAUGGCCCUUAGGCUGGAAGAGAACUGUUGCCCAGUACACAGCACUGGAUGGGCUGAGGGUAUGACUCAGCUUCAUGAGUUCAUUGCGUAUGUGUGCACCACAGUGCUGUAGAGGACGGUGUGCGAGGCCAAACAUUCCUGUGGUCUGCCACAUUCAUAAUCAAAGUUUCUGGGUUGUGCAUCUCUGCAUGGAGCUCUAAUAACUUCAGCACAGUGAAGCAAAAUGCUGGCCUGCAGCAGGCUUUUUCAAUUGACUGGUUUUCAAAUGGUUUAUAUUUUUAACUUGCAUUUGCUUUCCUUUGGCAUCUGGAAAUGCUACCAAAGAUCAGAGUUGAGCACUUGUAGGCCGAAAUGCUCGGAAGGCCUCAGCUCACAGAACCUUUCACUAUUGUAAGCACUGGCAAUGGCUUAUGGGGGUUCUGGCCAAAAUCAUUGGAGGGCUGCAAACUGGCCUAGAUCCAGAGAUCUAAAGUAAGGAGCUAUACAGCAAGUCCUCUUUCAGAUGGUUCACACAUACCUAUCUGGGAAUUUUGUACAUUCAUUGAAACACAUACCUAUUCCCAUCACAUGUACAGAUUUACAUAUACUUACACAUGUAUAUUGAUUCCUGUGCUUGUCCCGCCUCUUUAAGGAGGUAGCAGUAGUACAAGGAUUCAGCAAAGUAACAUACAGAUAUAUGUAUGUACACUUGCCAUGUAUCUCCUUGUAUGUGCAGGAGCAAUAUGGAGCCCUGAUGUAUCACUGCACGGGUUUCCAAGCAGGCAACUGGUGGGCCUGUACUCAGAUGGAGAGAGAGAUGCCGGAACAGUUUGUGAGCCUAGUUGGCAAGUGCCGCUGCUGGAAUCUUGGUUCUAACAGCACAGAAUACCAAAUACAGUAGCUUUUCCAGGAAGAUGUACAUCCAUCUUCAGGAUUAACUGUUGAAGCAAUGAAGAGAGCCCUUGAAAGCCUUAACCUGAAUAUUGUAGAGAUGACCGAUGACCAUGCAACAUUAGAUGGUGGAGAUGUUUUAUUUACAGGCAGAGAAUUCUUUGUGGGUCUUUCAAAACGAACCAACCGUCGUGGUGCAGAAAUUUUGGCAGACACCUUUAAGGAUUAUGCUGUUUCCACAGUCCCUGUUUCUGACUCCUUGCAUCUGAAGAGCUUUUGCAGCAUGGCUGGGCCAAACCUCAUUGCUAUUGGUUCAAGUGAAGCUGCACAGAAAGCCCUCAAGACCAUGCAGCAAAUGAGCGACCAUCGCUAUGACAAGCUCACAGUUCCUGAUGAUGCUGCAGCAAACUGUUUAUACUUAAACAUUCCUGGCAAGGGCCAUAUUUUGUUGCACCGGGCCCCCGAAGAAUAUCCAGAAAGUGCAAAGGUCUUUGAAAAACUGAAGGACCACAUGUUGAUCCCUAUAGCUAACACAGAGCUAGAAAAAGUAGAUGGGGCACUCACUUGUUGUUCUGUCCUUAUUAAUAAAAUGUCACACUUAUGAGUUUACAGACUCCCUCCCUUGUAACUGGCAAUAACGUACAUGCAAGGUAGAUGAAUCUGUAUCCACUUUUAUUGGUUUUCUUGACAAUCUACUGUACCACUGUGCUACUAACCUUUGUUUACAAUGGUGCCCCUUCAGAUGGUGAUUCAGGUGCACAUAUAUGCUUUUUUCUGAUGUAAAAGAACUUUCAGCAAGUUUGUCUGGGCUUACAGAGGAUCAUCAAGCUGAUUAGUGGUUGGUGUGAAAUUGGUCUAGGAGCCAGAAGUAGGGACCACUUCUAAGAUUACUUUUGAUUGCCACAAAUCUUAAGACCAAUGUCUACUUAUCUCUUGACACUGAUUAAAAGCACAUUCAUUUUGUUCAUGUUUCAUUCCCAGGACAAGCCUUAGCCCAGAGUUCCCAAAUAUGAGGCAAGCAGGUUUCCUUAAGGGCAUAAGGUCAUUGCCAGAGAAGUUGUGACUUUUAUUAAGCCUCCUGCACAAACCCUGUGAAGGUGUUGGUGUCCGGUGAAAUGGCAAUGAUCCACAUCCUCCUGCACAGUAUAACACAGGUGCUAGGAUACAAUGGUGCAACGCUUGUUGUUGCUGAUACUACCGGUAGCUACUUCAUAGGAACUUCCUACUGCGCCCCUUCUUUCACGUUGCUCUGUCUUCUUUCCACCCCAGUAUUUAUGACCAAAGCAGUCAAUCAAUUAUUUUUAUUUUUUUAAAAAAACAAAGCAAAGUCAAACAACCAAGGGAGGCUUCAUAUUGGAGAACAGGAAUGGAAAAUGAAAAUGCCUCUUUUCCUGUAACACUUUCCCUGCUCAAAAUACCUCACUAAGCUACAUCUUUACCUGAUAGUAUUGUGACUUUUGCUGGUAAAAAUGAAGCUUAGGGAGGAGUUAAGUGGAAAGUUAUUCUAGAAGAAAACUAGAAUAAGCAACUCCUCCCCUGCUACUCAUUCUUCCAUUCCUAUUCGAUAUUGUCUACAGUUGUUUCUCAUUUACUAAAAGUGGUGGUGGGGUUGGGAUAGGAAACCACAUGUACCUGCAUGAAAACUUCUGGUUAGCUUUCAGACCUGGCCAAAGCUGGAAGAAAAGGGCUCAGGUAAUGCCCAUGCCUUCAGCAGGAGACAAUACUGUGGUAAAAUUGAUUUCAUGUCUUUGUACUGGGCUGUUAUAUUCAGGUGACCUCUGGUUCUUUCUCUUCUUCUUUGGGGAUUGGUCACUGUAACAGAGUUGGAUUAGGUUGGUUGUUUUUGUACUUUUUAAUGCAUUUGCUGAUAAAAUUUACUUAGGGAGUCUUCAUACAUGAAGCUUAUAUUGCUUUUCUUCAAUGAGUUUAUAACUGCAUUGAUCAAAUUGCUUCUAUUCUACCUGUUCUUCUACUUUAAGAACAAGUGGACAUUCAUGUAAAUAGCAGCAGAAAGACUCAAAGUCAAAAGCUUCACAUAUGAAAAUGUAACAAAAUGAAUUUGAAUAACCAACAUUGGCCCUAAAAUCUGUUUUUCUGCAUGAGAAUGACCAGUCCCAGUUUUAAGCAUCUCUGUCCGUUUUCUUUUUUGUACUAAAACAUGCUUUAUUUUGGUUACACAUUUCUUUUUCCUCCUCUACUUCCUGCUUUGCAUUCCACUCUUCUCUUUCUCUCCUCCAGAGGUCCAAGUUAAUAGGUAACCAAAACAGAAAUUCAGAAUCUGGGAUUUUACAUAACCAUACUUACAGUUCCACCUGCCAUGCAAAAUGCAUUGCAUUCAUUAUCCCACAGUACCAGAUUGCUGCUUGUGCCUUGGAAGGUGCAUUUGAAGAGAACUGUAGUGAACAGAAUUGAUUACAAGCAGCCAGUGACACACAUGGGGUAAAGUGUGAUGCUGUAGAGGAGAAUUUUAUUCUGGCAGCCUUGAAUGAAAGCAAGGGUUUUCACCCUGCUAUAAGUCUUUUCUGGAUGCUGGUCUGUUUGCCAUUUUUAUCCAGUAAAAAUUCAGAUAGUUCAUAAACAAGGUAUAUUACAUUAAUCGUCUGAGAAAAAUCCACAUGAUUAUGUAAAUCUCAGAGUUGAUGAACUGAUACCUGUAUAGCUGGUCUUAUGUAUCUCGUCAUUAUUUCGCUGACAUUAAUCUUAAUGGGUUUAAUUUUUGGCUGUUUUUUAUUCUUGUUUUAUCUGCAGCACUCUUUUUUCUCUAAAGCCAAUGCUGAACUCCCUGGAAAAGGUUGAUAGUGAAGAAGAGAUAGUGUGAGAUCUAGUUAUUUUGUUUUUCCUGUGGUGUAUUCUGCUGAAUAAGGGAGAGGGUUGACUUUCAGCAGUCUGCCAUUUAGGUUUUUAUGCCUAAAAUUAUAGCUAUCUUGAAUGAUUUUUUAAAAGAAAAUUUCAAUUGUGUUGAUGUUUACUGUAGCAUUUAUUUGAAAGAAUAUUUGUUCUGACAAAUUCUGCAACACACGUAAGGCCUUAGUCAUAUGUUUUCCACCACAUGUGCAAAAAGAAUAGACCAUUGGUAUUCUCAUGAAACCUGUUACACCAUUGCAAACAAUGGAGAACUUAUCUAAUUAGUGUUAGGAACUCUUCAAGGGCUGACAUACCAUCUAAGUAUCUUAUCAUCUUCCUGGUUAAGACCACCGUUGCCUGGUGCUUCUAACUAGUGAUUGAGGUGCAUUAUCAAGAAGCCCAACUAGCCACGUAAGUAGGAAAGGAAAAUACAGCCGAACUAUUUCAUGGAAUAUAGAGGCAGCACAGUGCCUUCCCAGUGUUUUGGAUUACAUCACCCAUAAUAUUGGUCAUGGUCAUGCUGACUUUGGCUCAUGGGAAUUGUAGUCCAAUAUCUGAAGGGCAUAAUUGCCUAUCCUGAUAUAGGAAAUUCAAUAAAUGUAAGUGGGAAAUAUAAUUUGUACUAUUCUGUUGCCCUUUACCAGGAUUAAUUGUACUUAAAAGCUCUCUGAAUAAUGAUGCUCCUAUCAUUUCUGUCCUUCAAUUAGAAGUUAUUCCCCCAGGGUGAAAGACAAUCUGUUUUCCUGACAGGUGCCUAUACUGUUCCACUAAGUCAGAAGAUUUAAUUUGCAUGAUACUGACAUGCUGAAAUAAAGAAGCAUUCAUAGAAAUUAACUUGAAGGGGGAAAGUGUUGAUGUAGUUUGGAUUUAAUAUGGAAGUGAAGGCUUGGUUUCACCCUGUGGAAGUAAAUUUAUAGGAGCAAAUAACAGGGGAAGCAUAACAGUGAUUUGGUGGCAAUAUUUGCCUGCAAAAUAAUAAAUAAUAAUGGCUAUGUAAACUAACCCUUCAACUCUCCAGCUAAAACACAAACCCCAUAGCCUAAAGGACAGAAAGGCAGCUCUGUUGUUGCUUCUUUAAUCCUUGCCAUAAGGAGGCAUGCUAAGUCUGCUUCAAUUGACUCCUUGUUGCUGCACUGAAGUCUAAACAUUCCUGCAAAAGGGUUUCUCUGUUUGAUACUUCCUGGUGUCUCUGCUGCCUAACUAUAUAAAGCUCUAUUAUCAGUAUACUACCUAUAUACUUCCAAUGAUAUAAAGGCUUUCUGACUAAAACCUUGUAAAUUGUGUCUGUCAUCAGCUGCUACAUUGUUUUUAUGGUACCUGCAUAUGGCUUGUUGUACCAAAGCAGAAAUAUUCAUGAUAAGUUGGUGGUACAAACUUUGGAUCUCUGAUUAGAGGCUUUUUACAGUGCAGUCCUACUUACUGAGUCCCAUUGAAUUCAGUGGGUCUUGCUUCCAGUAGAAUGGCAGCCUUGCUCAGUAACUUAUUUUAUUAAUGAAAUUCCAUACCACUCUUCAAAAUCAGUUUCCAGGGUAGUUUCUAGGGUUGUUAGCAUUCCUGAUUUUUUCCCCAUGAUGGUUCUGGAAAUCACUAUCAUGAAUCAAGAACCACUUCCUUUAUAGCAGGGCUUUUUCUGAAUUUGAAUAGUGAGUGUAUACAGAAGAAAAUACUCCUUGAAGUCUUGAUAUAUGCACACUUAAUAUACUUAGCACACUUGUACUUCCCUACUAUUGGCUUGAGUUUAUUAAACCUUUCUGUCCUUACAACAUGGGCCUAAUCAUGGGGCAGAAUCAGUUUAUAGUUCAUGUUUGUAGCAUAGCAAAGUUUUAUCUGAAGUUGGAACUAGACUCUACAGGGAGCUGGAUACUAGGACUGCUUCAAAGUUUCUGCCUAAAUCAGCAGUCCUACUCUGUAAUAGUUAAAGAUUUGUGGUAUAACAUCAUCACAGUGAUUAUCCUGAGAUAUUACCUGGCCAGAGAAGACCAAGACAAGCAGCUGCCCCAAAUUUAUCAAAUCUUGGCCUCUAGGUAUGGAACUGCUACCUAAACCACAAAGUGCUUGGCACUGACACCAAAGACCAGUUACGCACUGAUACAGUAAAGCCUUUCUCAAGCUGGACGUUUGAAUAAUCCAUUAUAUACAAUAACCCUUCAUUUAAAAAUAAAAAAAUUAGCACAUCAUCAAGAGGGAUUUGCCAUAGCCUUCUUUCUUGACAUGGAGUAAAAGUGCUUAUGCAGAGUGGUUUUAUGUGUGGAGGAUUUAAAAAUGCAGCCCCCUUUUCUCCAAAUUCCCUGAAAAGGUUUGCUGCUGGAUUGCACUGGUAGCAUAAAUUGGCCUUGAAUCUACUGGCAUCUAAACUGGAUUCUCUAGCACUACCCAGUUCUGAACUGCCUGAAUGAAGAGCCACACUUAGCACCGGAGUCCUCCACAAGUGAACCUAGUUCACGUUACCCUUCUUAUUGUUCAUGUUCAGAGCAGGACACUCUUUGUCCUGAACUUUGGUAAUUACAAAGUUGGAAGCCCUAGGUAAGUCAUCCUAUUGCAGCCCUAGCUUCUUGGGUUGUUUUGCUUCUUUUGGAGGAUGAAGAAAGUGAUGCAAUCCAUGGGUUUCCUUGCUGGACAAAAUGUGAUCAGUGUCAGCUAAGGUUCCAUUUCUUGUGCCAGUGAGAAACUUGUAUACAUGCUGUACCUUAUGUUGCUACAAUUGAGGUUUUUCCACACCCACCCACACCACAGAGUAUACACUUAGUUAAACAUUGCACAGAUGCCAUGAUUUAAAAAUCAAAUGUGGAUUUUUAAGGACAUGCAGAACACAAGAGUCCCCAUGAGAUGGGACCAUAGCUUAUGUGGAACACCAUGUUCAAGUUAGUAGAGAACUAACAAAAUUGCCCCCCUCUCCUCCUCUAUUGACUCAAAUUCUGGUGCAAUCUAGACACUUAAACAUAAGCCGGGCAGAAUUCUCAGGAGCUGGUACAUAUCCAUACAGGAGAGAGGCUGUUUUUUUCAAGAGUAUAUUUCAUGUAGUAGUAGCUGUGAACAAAAUAUCAGGGACCUCACUUGAACUCCCAGAAAGCCUGCUAGUGGACGCCUGAUGAUGUAACUUGUAUGAAGUAGCAUGUGAAUCAUGUAUAUUGUGUUGCUCUGCAGAACACAGAUAUGACUACUAAAUCACCUCAGUACUAGAAUCUUGUCUUUGACAGAACUUUAUUAUAAUAGAGUGUAUUGUUGCCCACUUUUUUGUGCCAAAACAUUAAUGCAUUCCAUAGUCAGUUAACACUGGAAAAAAUUGCUCUGGUCUUUCAUUUUGUUUUGUCUUUCACAGUUUCAGUACUGUAUGUACCCCAAUCACUAUGGAAUAAAGUGUCAGUUGUACCUGAA